CGUCAAUAGCAGUUUUGCUCCUUGCUCAAAUUCAUUCUCAAUUCAUUCUUGUGAUUGAAAAGAAGCAAGCUGCUUGUUUGCCGAAAAGAUUGUAAUAAUUUGUAAAAUAGGCAACGGUCUUCUCGUAACGGCUGUUCGCCAUUACAUAUUAAUAUUAUUACAGUGUGACUUUUAUAACAUGUUCUAAUUUGAUAGUGUACAAAUAUGGGUGCAAAAGUGUCUAGAACCGAUUUCGAGUGGGUUUACACAGAGGAGCCACACGCGAGUCGCCGGAAGAUCAUCCUAGAAAAAUACCCUCAAAUCAAGAAGCUGUUCGGAUACGACCCUCUGUUCAAAUGGGUGGUGACGGCUAUGGUGCUGACGCAGUUUAUCAUGAUGCCGAUUGUGCAGCAUCUCAGCUGGCCGGCGACGCUGGUCGUGGCGUACUGCUUCGGCGGCGUUAUCAACCACUCGCUUAUGUUGGCAAUCCACGAGAUCGCGCACAACCUCGCGUUCGGGCACAACAGGCCGAUGCACAACCGACUGUUUGGUUUCUUCGCGAAUCUUCCCAUAGGCAUACCCAUAUCUAUCAGCUUCAAGAAGUACCAUCUGGAACAUCAUAGGUACCAAGGUGACGAAGUGAUAGACACUGACCUGCCGACCCUGCUCGAAGCGAAGUUGUUCUGCACGACGGGCGGGAAGGUGCUGUGGCUGUUCCUGCAGCCGUUCUUCUACGCGCUGCGGCCGCUGAUGGUCCGACCGAAGCCGCCCACGCCGCUGGAGCUGAUCAAUCUGAUCAUUCAGCUGUUCUUCGACGCUAUUGUUGUCAAGUUGUUCGGUUGGAAAGUACUCGGAUAUCUGGUGUUCGGAUCUCUGAUGGCGAUGGGUGUGCAUCCAGUUGCUGGCCACUUCAUCUCCGAGCACUACAUGUUCCGCAAAGGGUUCGAGACGUACUCGUACUACGGGCCGCUGAACUGGAUCACGUUCAACGUGGGCUACCACAACGAACACCACGACUUCCCGGCCGUGCCGGGCAGGAGGCUGCCAGAGGUGAAACGCAUAGCGGCUGAAUUUUACGACAAUCUACCUCAACACAACAGCUGGUCCUCUGUGCUGUACGACUUCGUCAUGGACCCUGACAUUGGACCCUAUGCUAGGAUCAAAAGGAAACACCACGGCUUGGAGAGUUAGAUAAGUGACAUAUACAGGGUGGCUGCUAGUUAUGUGAUUUUGACUAAAAUUAAUUGAAUUACUUUGGUAAUUUACAAACUGAUCUCCCUGUAUAAUAAUGUCCCCACUUAAAGCAACAUGCUGUAUAUUCAAUAUAUAUAGUACGCUAGUUUAUGUUGUAAACAUAAACAUCGCUGGCUUAUCAUUACAAGGUUCUAUGUCAUAUUUGAUGUGCAAAUUGAAUUAUAUAUAUCACAUCAUUCUAAGUAUUUUUGAGUGAAACUGUCCAAUAACCAUGAGUUAUUGUCUUUUAAAAUUUUUACCAUCAAAAUAAAAUUGUCUACUUUUUGCAACAAAAGUAAAAUUAACGUUGCACCUUGUAAUAAUUAGCUAGCGAUUCGUAAGCAGCCACACUGUUUUAAUACUUGAUAACAGGAGUAAAUAUUUUUAACAUUAAUGUAUUUUCGUUUUCCAAAUCGCUACUUGUGAAGUGAAAAUUUUGAUCAAAAUAAUAUCUAACAUUAUUAGUUUAGUGCGUCCGAUUCGUUAUUUCUAACAACUAUUGAAAAAAUGUUUAAAUAUUUUGGGGUAGCAUUGCGUGCCUGAUAUGGGUCAUAGUUGAACUCAAUUCAUAUCGUAAUAGUAAUAAAACAACAACUAUAUAAGUUAAAUAUGGGGAUAAAGUAUUUAUAUUCAUAACAUUACGCCUUUUUUUCACAGCCGCCUUAGAAUGUCUCAAAAUACUCGUAAGUCCAUGUCGUUUAAUUUUGAUGUUUGUGAUUGGUCGAGCGAUCAUUGCGUCUGUCACGUGAUAGUCUAUCAACCAAUCAGAAUAAAACGACAGGGAGUGUGUUUUUUGCCACGUUCUCAGUACGCAGAGGUAAUAUACAUAACACUCACUUAUGUUAGAUAAUAGCCAUCUACUGGGUACAACUGUAGAAUUCGAGGUAUCAGGGCGUAGAUAAACUAAUAAUGUGAUAUGACAGAUCUGAGUCCGUUUUAUUAUAUUUUGAUACGUUUCACGAUUAUAAUUUUCACUUCAAUAGUGCAAAAAUCUAAUUGGGUAUUUGUAAGUGGUGCAAGUACCAAGCUUUUUCAGUAUGUUUUUUAUAUAUUGUUAAACUAAAAUAUGAAUGAAGUGUGAAGUGAAUUUUCGUUUAAUAUCCUGAUAUUCAGUCAAUUUCUUAAAAUUGAAUCAAUUCAUUACUGCAACAUGUUUCAAAAGGCGCGUGGCGAAUUAAUCAAGGAAUAUAAUAUUACUUGUCAAAAAUUUCUCUAAUUAAUUCGUAAUUUGAUACUUGCACCAUUUUGUACUCCUCUCUGAACGGAGUAUUAUUGACGCCAUCUAUUGGCGAGUUUUUGUUUUUAACAUUGUAACGUGUUUUUAUAAAGCUUACGAUAGAUGGCGACACUGUUGUAACGCAAAUCACAAGUGAUAUUUGAUGAAGGGUAGUUAGUUCUGGCUUCUUUCACACUAUCGUAUGGUAAAACAAACUAGAAGACAAGGGACUUUUGAGCGUAUACUAUUUAGGCCUUAAGUUGGUACCGCACAUUGAUUACCUAUAAGAACGAGGUCGCCUCAGAGCCGGAAAUAUAAUGCUAAACACAAGAUACGCCGUAUGGCUUCGUUUGUUUAGUUGACAGACACUGAUUGUGUCAUUUUCUAAUUCAAAGUGUGAAAGGGCCAAAAAUUUUCCUGAGAGCUUGAAAAGGUAUUUUGUGAGUUUGUACAUUGUACAUAGCUAAUUAUACUAGCUUUUCAUACUACUUUACCUGUCUUUACCCCACUCUGGAUAAGGUAAUAGUAUAAAUCCAUAAUGGAGAUAAAAGAUUUUUGAUAGUAAACAUUUUAUCUAAAUCGGUUUUACAAGUUAAUGUGGAUAGUAUGUUACAAAAUUGUUGAACAUACUACCAGCUUAUUUGCAAGCCAGCAAACUUAUAAUCUUUGUUUGUAGCUCCUUGCUUGAUAGCAUCAAGAAAUUAUGUAUCAAAGCUAAAUCGAUUUUGUUAGGAUUUUCGACUGUUUUUUUCACAUAGCCAUGUUGUGAAGUACAUAUAGUUUCCAUAUAUCACAAUGUCUUACCACGGUUACUUUAUGCGGGACAGACUUUUUAUAAUAUGUAAUCCAAUAUCGAUCAAUACUUCCAAAGCAUAAUAAAUAUUUUACAUUUUUUUACAAUCAGAUGACUCGACAUAAUCAGGCCGCUCGCCAUCAAUAUCAGAGAUUUGAAUCACAAAGGUCUAUAAUGUACGCUGUCUGGUUAUAAUAUCCAGCAAUUAAGUAAAAAUGGUGGGUUUAAUAUUCAUACAAUCUGGACGCACAGCGUUUUUACUCUGCUUCCAAGCGCUAGAAAUAGACAAAUCGCUAGUUGGUACCUAUUAACGGCCGUUUUCAAUAUACUAUCACAAUCUUAAUUUUCCAUCCGAUAUCAAGAAUAAGCCAAUCAGAAUAAGGCAUUUGUAAGUACGUCAAAAAGAACUGUUCUGAUUGGUCAAUUUCUGCGAUGGAUAGAAAACCGUUUAGGUUCGUUUAUUAGAAACUGCGGUAAUUCGGACUCUCAUACAUAUGUAAUCCUGUUUGUUUCCGUUAUAAACAAUUUUUAUUCCGGACUGUAAUCGUUGUUAUUUUUAUACAAUUUAAAAUCCUUUUAAGUGUUAAAUAUCAAAUCGAUAUUAUUUAAGUAUGGUUGAAUUUAUUUUUUUAAGUUUUUAAUGAUUUUGUGAAGUUCCAAAGAAAUGUACUGGUAUGAAGUUAUUUGUACCGGGUUAUUUUACACAAGCUUUCUAGAAAUAAUAAUAACGAUAGUUGAAUGUAUAUUAAAGUAUCACAGUAAUAGCAGGAGUACAAUAUAAUUUUUUGGAAAGUAACUCGGUAUUAUAAAUAACGAAUUUUAUUGAUACAGACUACUUAAUAUGUUCUGAAUGAAAUAUUACAUUUACUAUUUGUCUGUACAUUUGGAAAAACAUUUAAUAAAUAAAUACCUGCAAAUAUUUUUUUCGAAAUAAAAUAAUAUUGUUCUAAAAUAAACAAUUUUGAUUGUUGAUUUCACAGUAAUAUAUUGUUGAAAUAAAACUCGGACAUAACUUGCAUUUACGUAGCAAAGUCAUCGUGAAAAUGUAUAGAGAAUCUAUAUUAUGUACAUUUAUGUAAAAUUGUUGUAAUAAAAGCAUUUCUUAUAAA